AUGGAUCAUGCUAACUACACCUGGACCCAGACUUUCAUUCUUGCUGGUUUCACCACCACUGGUACCACACAGGCUCUUGCAAUCUUGGGAACCCUGUGCAUCUAUCUCCUCACCCUUACAGGGAACUUGUUCAUCAUUAUCCUGGUUCAGGCAGAUUAUGGAUUGUCCACACCCAUGUACUUCUUCAUCCGUGUCCUCUCCUUCCUGGAACUCUGGUAUGCCAGCACCACAGUGCCCACCUUGCUGAACACCUUGCUGCACGGGCCUUCACCCAUACCAUCAGCUGCAUGCUUUAUCCAGCUGUAUGUCUUCCAUUCCUUGGGCAUGACUGAGUGCUACCUGUUGGGUGUCAUGGCUCUGGACCGCUACCUUGCUAUCUGCCACCCACUCCAUUACCACGCACUCAUGAGCAGACAGAUACAGCUACGGCUAGUGGCAGCCGCAUGGGUGACCGGCUUCUCAGCUGCACUGGUACCAGGUGGUCUCACUGCCACCUUGCCCUACUGCUUGAAAGAGGUAGAGCAUUACUUUUGUGAUCUGGCACCAGUCAUGCGGUUGUCAUGUGUGGACACAGGCUGGCACGCUCAGGUUUAUAUUGCAGUGAUUGGUGUAAUUAACACAUGCAAUCUUGUUCUCAUCUUAGGACUUUAUGGGGGUAUCUUGAAAACUGUGUUGAAGCUGCCCUCAGCUGCUAGUCGUGCCAAAGCCUUCUCCACCUGCUCCUCCCAUAUAACUGUAGUGACACUCUUUUUUGGCUCUGCCUUCACUGUCUAUGUAGGGCCACCCGAGAUUCGAGCUGAGGGCAGAGACAAGCUCAUUGCCUUGGUGUACACUUCUCUCACUCCUUUCUUUAACCCUAUUAUUUAUACCCUUCGCAACAAGGAGGUGAAAGAGGCUGUUAAGAGGGUCAGACAGAGGAUUAGGGCUGUAUAG